AUGUAUCUGCCUAGAACAGUGAAUUUGGACGAGACCGGCGCUUAUGGUGCCACCGACGUCUGCCGGGUGGUCAGAUCUAGUCGACUGAGGAUGACUCUCAUGCCUGAUGAGCGAACCCCGGGAGCCGCCACACCUUGCUUGCGCCAACACGAUGAGAGUAAAUACCGUGAAGCCUGGAGGCAGGAUGAUAUAGAGAGAAGUCCUGGUAUUGACAGGCUGAUUUUGAAUGUUAUUCUGUUGCCUGAGAGGAAAUUGUCGACUCUGUCGGGCUCAGCCUCAUUCUGGCUCAGCGCAUGUCGUAGAGGUAGUUCAUCGGAUCCGGAACAUAGAGGGGUACCGAGCUCCCUGGCUUCUAGUCCGGCCCUCUACCAGCCGAGCGCCGAGCACCCCGGGGAGAGACUCCGGGAGGUACUGGGUAUCGGCUUGCCGGGGCAGAACCGUACGGCCGGCACCUCUUUAAACACAGACGUGCCCCUUACGGCCCCUGACGGCCCCGCUCUCGGUCGGGUCGAGGGACGUCGUUUGCUCUCCAUGUUAACCUUGCCUUGGCCGCAAGAAUCAAACGCCACUCGCUCGCACUAGUCAAAGCGGCAUGCGGGUUCCUGCGACGUCCGGAACGGACUCAUAUCAGUGUUCAAACGGACUCCCUCAAAUCUCGAUAAGACAACAGCUGCACCUAUCCAGCUUGCCGGCCUGUUAUCCUGUCCUAUUUCGUGUCGUGGUCUGUUGAUAGCAGCACCUUUGACCUGUGGCAUCACGGCAUCUGUACAGGCCACGGUGGUGCAUGCGAACAACACUGACCGCCUUGUUGUUCGUACUGCGGGGGAGGGGCAAAUCAGUCCAAGCGUGUCAUGAAUCGAACUUGGAGAGACCUGACAGCCUGGCCAUCUGGAUAUCGGUGCUACAGCAUCCGAACCUCCCUUCACUGUAAUAUCGAACUGAAGAAUGGAACGAACUCCAAGCCAACAAGAUGAAGCUUUGAUCUGUCAGCAGGUUCGGCAGC